UUUGAGAUUUAGCUCAGACUCAACACAUCACAAAGUGCGAGAGGAGCGGGUCCGCAGCCGCGCAGUGUUGCAUGACCGGGCACAUUCCUAACAAGAAAAGCGAGGUCAGUUAAAAUGCAGCCAGGCGCCGCGUGCGGUGGUUUAUAUUGUUAGGGGCGGAUAGGGGGAAUUGUUUUAUGUUGGGCCUGUCUCCGCGAACUUCCAAGUUCAGGUUCCCAUUAUGGAAACUGGUUUGAAUGGAUAGCGUUUUCCUUCGUUUCCCCCCAGACGAGGGACAAUCGGAGGAGCACACUGACUGGGGAUCUGGCAGGCAAAGUUGGUAAAUGCCUCCCUAGCAAAUGAAUAUUUGUUUUCAUUGUUGCACCUUUAUCACUAUCUGGCUGCCUGUCUGGUAGCUUAGUUAGCGCUAGUCAUUGCACAGGGUAUUUAUGCUUCAACUGCAAGUCGUGCUUAGUAUAAGUUCUCUUUCUGCCUCUCGUUUCCCGGGGUAAAACCGGAUUGGCUUGGUUAAUUUUUGCGGGCCUCCGUCCUUGGUGCCCCAACUCAGCUUCGUCCGUCAACCAAGCUACUCGCACCCACCAAAGGCGCCGAGAUUGGGCGAAUAGCGAGCAAAUACGUCCGCGUUUCUCUACCCGCUCCCCCACCGACCUCCCCUCCUCACUCCCCGGCGCUGACAGCGGACAAGGCCGAGGUCGUAACAGAGCAGGCCCGGCCGCCAGGGCUCGACCUGUCCACCCCACCUCCGCAUCCCACCACGCCUCACCAACAGUCCAGAACCCGGUUCACAACCGAACCGAACCUGGACAAGGUCGAGGAUAAAAGAGAUAGCAAGGUGCACCGCAUCACGACCACAACGGCAGCUGCCAACAUGAAUCACCACCACACGCAGCAACAGCAGAAAGCCGGCGAGCAGCAGCUCAGUGAGCCAGAGGACAUGGAGAUGGAAGCUGGGGAAACAGACGACCCUCCAAGAAUCCCAGCCAACCCAGUGAUCAAUGGUAAUGUGGCUAUGGCAGAUGGACACAACAAUACAGAAGAGGAUAUGGAAGAUGACACCAGCUGGAGGUCGGAAGCGACUUUCCGGUUUGUGGUGGAGCGCUUUAGCCGCCUGAGUGAGUCAGUGCUCAGCCCGUCCUGCUUUGUACGGAACCUUCCCUGGAAAAUAAUGGUGAUGCCGCGAUUCUACCCCGACCGACCCCACCAGAAGAGCGUGGGCUUCUUUCUGCAGUGCAACGCAGAGUCUGACUCUACAUCAUGGUCUUGCCACGCUCAGGCCAUGCUGAAAAUCAUCAACUACAAAGACGAUGAGAAGUCGUUCAGUCGCAGAAUUAGUCACCUUUUCUUCCACAAAGAGAACGACUGGGGUUUCUCCAACUUCAUGUCCUGGAGUGAUGUGACUGAUCCAGAAAGGGGCUUCAUUGAAGAUGAUAAAGUCACGUUUGAAGUUUAUGUCCAGGCCGAUGCCCCACACGGAGUGGCCUGGGACUCUAAGAAACACACUGGCUACGUUGGACUAAAGAACCAGGGAGCGACUUGCUAUAUGAACAGUCUCCUUCAAACACUUUUCUUCACUAACCAGCUACGGCGGGCGGUGUACAUGAUGCCCACAGAAGGAGAUGACUCGUCAAAGAGUGUUCCUCUGGCGCUGCAGAGGGUUUUCUACGAACUGCAACAUAGCGACAAGCCAGUCGGAACCAAGAAGCUCACAAAGUCUUUUGGGUGGGAAACACUUGACAGUUUCAUGCAACAUGACGUUCAGGAGCUUUGCAGAGUGCUUCUGGACAAUGUGGAGAAUAAGAUGAAAGGAACAUGUGUUGAGGGAACGAUCCCCAAACUCUUUAGAGGAAAGAUGGUGUCAUAUAUUCAAUGCAAGCAUGUGGACUACCGGUCUGAGCGGAUUGAGGACUAUUAUGACAUUCAGCUUAGCAUAAAAGGAAAGAAAAACAUUUUUGAGUCUUUCAAGGAUUAUGUUGCAACCGAACAGUUAGAUGGAGACAACAAAUACGAUGCAGGAGAGCACGGCCUUCAGGAAGCAGAGAAAGGUGUUAAGUUCCUGACCUUCCCUCCAAUCCUCCACCUGCAGCUGAUGAGAUUCAUGUAUGACCCACAGACUGACCAAAACAUCAAGAUUAAUGACAGGUUUGAGUUUCCAGAUCAGUUGCCUUUGGAUGAGUUCCUUCAAAAAACAGACUCAAAGGAUCCGGCAAACUACAUUCUCCAUGCUGUCUUGGUGCACAGUGGGGACAACCACGGCGGGCACUAUGUCGUCUACCUUAACCCCAAAGGAGAUGGUAAAGUGAGUGCCAAGGAACCAAUAUGGUGUAAGUUUGAUGAUGAUGUUGUGUCACGGUGCACCAAGGAAGAGGCUAUAGAGCAUAACUAUGGCGGACAUGACGAUGACCUCUCUGUCCGCCACUGCACCAAUGCCUAUAUGUUGGUCUACAUCCGAGAGUCCAAGCUCAGUGAGGUUCUCCAACCGCUGACUGAUGUGGACAUCCCCCCCCAGCUUGUAGAGCGCCUUCAGGAGGAGAAGAGGGUGGAGGCUCAGAAGAGGAAGGAGCGCCAGGAGGCUCACCUCUACAUGCAAGUUCAGAUUGUGAUGGAGGACCAGUUCUGUGGUCACCAGGGCAACGACAUGUACGAUGAGGAGAAAGUGAAGUACACUGUCUUUAAAGUCCUGAAGAGUUCCACCCUGCAAGAGUUUGUCCAGAACCUCUCCCAAACCAUGGGUUUCCCACAAGACCAGAUGAGGCUGUGGCCCAUGCAGGCUCGUAGCAACGGAACAAAGCGACCUGCAAUGCUGGACUAUGAGGCCGACUGCAACAAGUCGAUGAUCGACUUGAGUGACAACGAGAACCCCUGGACAAUAUUUCUGGAGACGGUGGAUCCAGGACUGGCUGACAGUGUGGCCACAUUACCCAAGUUUGACAAAGAUCAUGACGUCAUGUUGUUCUUGAAGAUGUACGACCCAAAAACCAGAAGCUUAAAUUAUUGUGGACAUAUCUAUACACCCAUAUCCUGUAAAAUAAGAGACUUGCUGCCAGUCAUGUGUGAGAGAGCAGGGUUUCAGCAGGAAAAUAGCCUUAUCCUCUAUGAGGAAGUAAAGCCCAAUCUAACGGAGCGGAUACAGGACUAUGAUGUCUCUCUGGACAAGGCCCUGGAUGAGCUCAUGGACGGGGACAUCAUUGUAUUCCAGAAGGACGACCCAGAGAAUGACAAUAGCGAGCUGCCUACAGCAAAAGACUACUUCCGGGAUCUCUACCACCGAGUUGACGUCAUUUUUUGUGACAAGACCAUCCACAACGACCCUGGCUUCGUGGUCACCCUCUCAAACCGCAUGAACUAUUUUCAGGUGGCCAAAACAGUCGCACAAAGGUUAAACACAGAUCCCAUGCUGCUGCAGUUCUUCAAGUCACAGGGGUACAGGGACGGUCCAGGGAAUCCUCUCAGACACAACUAUGAGGGAACGCUGCGAGACCUGCUGCAGUUCUUCAAGCCUCGGCAGCCCAAGAAACUUUAUUACCAGCAGCUAAAGAUGAAGAUAACAGACUUUGAAAACAGGAGGAGUUUUAAAUCCAUAUGGCUCAAUAGCCAGUUCAGAGAGGAGGAGAUCACCCUCUAUCCUGACAAGCACGGCUGUGUGAGGGACCUUUUGGAAGAAUGUAAAAAGGCAGUGGAGUUGUCUGAAAACAGCUCUGAGAAGCUCAGGCUGUUAGAGAUAGUAAGCUAUAAAAUCAUUGGGGUUCACCAGGAGGACGAGCUGCUAGAAUGUUUAUCUCCUGCUGCAAGCCGCACCUUCAGAAUAGAGGAGAUUCCCUUGGACCAGGUAGAUUUGGACAAAGACACGGAAAUUCUAAUCCCUGUUGCCCACUUCCACAAGGAAGUCUUCGGCACAUUUGGAAUUCCCUUCUUGCUCAAGAUCAGACAGGGUGAGCCAUUUCGGGAGGUGAUGAGGAGGAUCCAGACCAUGCUGGACAUCCAGGAGAAAGAGUUUGAAAAGUUCAAAUUUGCCAUUGUGAUGAUGGGCCGGCAUCAGUACAUCAAUGAAGAUGAGUAUGAGGUCAACCUGAAGGACUUUGAACCGCAGCCAGGUAACAUGUCCCACCCGCGCCCCUGGUUAGGGUUGGAUCAUUUCAACAAAGCUCCAAAAAGAGGCCGCUACACCUACCUGGAGAAAGCAAUCAAGAUUCACAACUAAAGCAGCCUGUCUUACCUUCUACAGCCUCCUUCCUGCUUCCUUUCCUGCAUAAUCCAACCCCCCUAACCACAGACUGUAACCAACCGCGCACAAUUGUGUGCGUGUGUGUGUGCGCGUGUGUGGUGCGUGCCAGAGAUGAUUUUUGGGUGUGCUUGCAUACGGGUGGAUUCAUCACUUUCACACUCUGCCCUGGACACGUCGACGGCUCCACACCUGCACUGUCUUCAGUGAUACAUGGUCUCGCUGCAGCUGACGGAUUAUACUUCAACCACAAAAUAAACGGCACCAACCACCUCCUGACUGUUCAUUUUUGUUGUAUAUUUUUUUAAGGCCCCUCUCUUUCCCUCUCUGCCUUCCUGAUUAUGUUGGCUGCCUGCUUUUUUUGUUUCGUUUCUCCGUCUGUCCUGAAGUGGGAGAACACGGAUUUUAUGAUAAACGAACUUAGAGGGAAAUGGAACUGAGAUGGAAGUUUUUGUUUUCUCACCUCACUCACCAGUUUAUGUCCCCCUCUCAACUUUCACGUUAUGAGCUAUGGAGGAAUGAUUUUAAAUAAAGUUGUUUAAUGAGGAAUCAUACUGCUCUGUGCAGAGUUUAAUUAAAAAAAGUUUGGUAGGACUAACUGAUAAAAGAUGUCAUUUUUAAAGUUGUUUUUUUUUUUUUUUGGCAGAAGUGACACCCACUCAGGCUGCCUCAGUGCUGCAGUUUUGCAGCUUCUUAAGUUUCUGCUCUCAUCCUGUAAUACAACAGUAUUUACACGUUUACACAAGUCUUUUACUUAUGAGAUUGGAAGAGAAAUACGUCUUUGUGUUUUUUCCAGAUGUGUACCAAAAUAAAAGUAAAACAUUUGACAAAAGGUUUCAAAAUGAAAUGCUUCAUCAUAAAGAUUGGCACUUAAAUCGGGAUUUCUCAGGACUGGCAAAUGUAAUCUUUCGCUCACACAUGCUCAGUCAGAGCCCCUUCCUUUUCCUAACUUCCUUUCCUCUCCUUUAUUUUCCCUUUUUUCCCCCCAGUCAUUCCUGUUGAACUCAAGCAUGCACACAAGCUUCCAUCUCCUAAGUCUGUCGCCCCCUGGUGGUUGUAAGCAGGAACUCCGCUGUGCUUGGGCAGAGCUUCAGCCCUGAAGGUUUGGGGAUUUUUUUUCUUAGCCAAAACCAGCAUUGUAAGGAACACUUAACACCUACAUAUGAGUUUGUUUCUUUUUAUUUUAAAGCUCAGAUGGAAUGCAACCCCUUAUAGCGCAUAGGUGGCUCUGUAAAGACAUUUAAGAAUUGUAUAUUUAAAACUGAACGUGUAAAAAUUAAAGAGAAAACAACAUUCUUGUUGGGUACAGAAGGAGACAGGUGUUCAUAUUUUUUGUGUGUAGUUUUUUUUUUCUUUUUUUUGCGUUCCUAAAGUACCAUUACAAUUUUUUUCUGUUACAUUUGAAUUGUUUUCUUUCAGAAAGGAGCUGUGGUGGAUUUUGUUUCAAGAAAUAAAAAAUAUUUUAGCUCAAGGAUGACCUGCAGAAUCACAACCUUAAUUUGAUCUUUUCCAGUUUGAAAUCUUCUGUGUAGCAGCAGUGUACGACAACUAUUCCUGUAUAUUGCCUUUUUGCUGGAAAAAUGUAUGUUGAAUAAAAUUUUCUAUAAAAAUGCAAAA